AUGAAGUCACCACCUUUGUUCAUUCGGUUGCUUUCCUUUCUCAUGUUGACGACGUUGUGCCAUGCUAUAUCAUUUACGCAGUCUUUUAACUCUUCUAUUCAACGAUGCCAUGAUGAUGAAAGCUUGGCCUUGCUACAAUUCAAAAAUAGCUUCAACAUCUCUAGCUCUUGUUCUUAUUCAAAGCUUAAAUCAUGGAAGCUAAAUCAAGGCAUAAGAUCAGCUGAAAUCUCUAAUCUUUCAAGCUUGGUUUCCCUUGAUCUAUCUCGUAAUCUUGAUUUCAUUAGUUAUGAUGGAUUAUUGAGGCUCCGUAAGACUAGCUUCAGAGGUCUAGUUCAAAACAUGACCAAUUUGAAGGAACUUGAUCUAGAAUACGUGGACAUUUCUUCAACGAUACUCUACAUAACUCAACUUCUUCACUCUCUUGGAUUGGAAGACUCACCCAGCUCACUUAUCUGGGGCUUGCUGGUCUCCACAUACAAUGGCCAGAUCCCAUCUAGUUUCAUGAACCUCACUCAACUUAAUAUGUUGUUUUUGAAGGAAAAUCAACUUACUGGUCCAAUCCCACCCCAGAUUAACAAUCUCACCUCGCUAUCUUCGUUGUACCUUUCAUCAAAUAAAUUGCAAGGUUCAAUUCCUAUCAAUUUCUCUCGACUCAAUCAACUUGAAUUCCUUGAUCUUCAUUCAAAUACUUUAGCUGGGUCAUUGGAUCUAAGCUCAUUCUUUCAGCUCAACCAGUUAACCGAACUGAUCUUAUCAUUUAAUAGCUUGUCCGUGCACUCUACAAUGGCUACAAAUGGCCACCUUCCGUACUUGAGAGCUUUAGGAUUGGCUUCUUGCAACCUUACCCAGUUUCCCAACUUCUUGCAGAACCAACAUGGCUUGGAAUAUCUAGACCUUUCUUCAAAUAGCUUACAGGCUCAAAUCCCUUCAUGGAUGUGUUCCAUAAGUACAAAUUCCAUGGAUUUUUUGAAUCUUUCUCGUAACCUUUUAACUGGGUUUGAACAAAAUCCUGUUAUUUUUCAAUGGGCUCAGAUUCGAAACCUAGAUCUUAGGUCUAAUCAGCUCUAA